GAUCAAUGUUACUUAGGACCUAAUGCUAUGUACAGCUUGGUUACAUAAACCUUCCUAAUUGAACAAACGAAAUUGUGCAAAAUAGUGCAGUGCAAAAUGAUGCGUUCAGCGAUUACCCCUACUCUUCUGAAUUACUGGAAAUUGAUCAUCCCGAAGGGUGCAGCAAAUGUGAGCCUUCGCGAAAAAAGUACUCUUCCUGUAGUUGAAAGUGAUAAGCCGGAAAAGUUGCCUUAUUCGCCAUUUGGAACAAAACAAUCUAAUUGGGCUGACUGGACUGUUGCUCGUUUGGACGAUAUUCUGAACUGGGGUCGCAAAGGUUCUAUUUGGCCAUUGACUUUCGGUUUGGCAUGUUGUGCUGUCGAGAUGAUGCAUAUUGCAGCCCCUCGUUACGAUAUGGACCGUUUCGGAGUUGUAUUCCGAGCUUCCCCGAGACAAGCUGAUGUUAUCAUAGUAGCUGGUACCCUCACUAAUAAAAUGGCCCCAGCUUUGAGAAAAGUUUAUGAUCAAAUGCCUGAGCCCAGGUGGGUCAUUUCGAUGGGAAGCUGUGCCAACGGAGGAGGAUACUACCAUUACUCUUAUUCUGUUGUCAGAGGUUGUGAUCGAAUCAUCCCAGUGGAUAUAUAUGUUCCUGGAUGCCCACCGACUGCGGAGGCACUUCUUUAUGGAAUUCUUCAAUUGCAAAAGAAGGUCAAGAGAAUGAAAACCCUCCAAAUGUGGUACAGAAAGUAAAUCUACUAAAGAGCUGUGUAAUCGAUAGGCGCAAUAAAUAUCUGUAAAUAAACCAGGAUUUUCGGAUUGAUUACAUGAUGACUGGGAUAAACUUUAUUUUUUUUAUUUUGUGUGUGCAAUGUUUGAGAAAAGUUAUAGUGAUAUGAACUACGAUUAGCACACCCACACAUAUAAAUACUUAGAACAUUUUGGUUUUAUCAUAAAUAUUAUUAAAAGAAAUCUUCGAUUUGAUCAUAUUGAUUUUAGCUUGAAAUCCUUCCAGUUGGGAAAAUCCAGGCCAUAGACAAGCAAUCAUUGUUAUUAAGUAAAUAAGCAAUAAGUUGUUCAUACUUGCUCCGAUCCAUGCUAAACCCAACAACGUUCCGCUAACAUUCAAUAAAUGCUGAAA